AUGUCUUCGUCUGUAGUAUGCCGCAAAGCGUUUGAAGAACCUGCUGGAACGAACCUGGCCGGGAUACCGACAACGAAUUUAGAACUUGACUCACCUUUAAUGACUUACGGCGCACCAUACGACGAGCUGUGUGCGAAGCAUAUACAGAACACUUUCCAUGCGUCGAGAGUAUACAUCAUCGCAUCCGGAACAUUGUCCCACCAGACCGAUGGCGUGGAGCGACUGAUCUCCAGCAUCGGUAGAGAUAGAGUCGUCGGCGUUAAGAAAGGAAUGGCACAACACACACCAUGGACCGACAUUAUUGAGAUUACGAAUGAAUGUAGGGAACUGCACGUGGACUGCAUAGUCACCUUGGGUGCUGGCAGCCUGACCGAUGGAGGGAAGAUCAUUGUUCUUGCUUUGGCCAACGAUAUCACAACCACAGAGCAGCUUGCUCGAUAUUCGAUCGAAAGCACUUCCGUCCCGGCGAAUGUGAAGCGUCCAGUGGUGCCGCUGAUCACAAUCCCAACCAGUCUAUCUGGUGGAGAGUAUUUCAGCCUCGCCGGAGGAACUGAUCCCGUGACUCAUCAUAAGCAGGGGUUUCUGUAUUCCGGCAUGGGCUCAAAAUUAGUGAUACUGGAUGCGGAAUUAUGCACUACGACGCCACCUUAUUACUGGUACAGCACGGGGUUCAGGAGCUUAGAUCAUUGCGUCGAAGCUCUUUGUUGUCUCACCGGCACAGCUAAGAGUGACGAAAAGGCUUCACGAGGCUGA